AUGCCAGGUGAAACGAUAACAUUACAAGUAGGACAAUGUGGGAACCAAGUUGGUCUACAGUAUUGGCAACAAUUAGCUCAAGAACAUGAAAUAAACUCAGAUGGAACUCAACUCACGAUUAACAAAGCAUCAGAACAUCCAGAAUUGUUUUUCACAGUAUCAGACACAAACAAAUAUACACCAAGAUCAAUACUAAUAGAUUUAGAACCAUCGGUUAUUUCAAAAUCUUUAAAUACUUUACCAAUGUUUAAUCAAAGAAAUAUACAUUUAAGUGAACAUUCAGGAGGUGCAGGAAAUAAUUUUAUAAAUGGAUAUAAAUAUGGAAAUGAACAUACAGAAGAAAUAACGAAUUUAAUAGAUAGAGAAAUGGAUAAAUGUGAUAAUUUAUCACAAUUUCAAUUGUUUCAUAGUGUAGCAGGUGGAACAGGAUCAGGUUGUGGAUCAAAAAUUUUAGAAAUUUUACUGGAUAGAUACACGUCUAAAAAAUUAAUAACAACAACUUCAAUUUUUCCAUCAAAUGAUAAAACAAGUGAUGUUGUUGUACAACCAUAUAAUAGUGUAUUAACUUUACAAAAAUUAAUUGAAUUUAGUAAUGCUACAUUUGUAUUUCAUAAUGAUGCAUUAAAUAAUAUUGAAAAUUCAAUAACUCAAACUACAAGUGAUUCAUAUCAAGGUACAAAUAAACUUAUAGCUAAUAUAAUGGCAUCAACAAGUAAUCCAUUAAGAUUUCCAGGAUAUAUGUAUAGUUCAAUUGAAUCAAUAAUACUGAAUUUGGUCCCAACGCCAGAUUUGAAAUUUUUAACAACAUCAAUAGCUCCUUUCAAAACUAAUAAUGAAUAUGAUAUGUUUUUAGAAUUAUCAAAUGAUAAAUAUAAAUCAAUAAUACCAAGUUCAGAUGCAUCAUAUAUUAGUCUAAUGAAUUAUUUAAUAAGUGGUCAAGAUUUAGAUAGGAAAGAAAUACGAAAAGGAAUACUUAAAAUUCAACAACGGACAAAAUUUGUUCCUUGGACUUCUCGAUCAAUAGCAGUAGUUCAUGGUAAAAAACCAAAUUCUUUUUUGGAGGGGAUACAAAUAUCAAAUAAUACAUCAAUAGCAGAUACUUUUUCAAAAAUUUUAAAUCAAUAUGAUUUAUUAGUUAAAAGAAAAGCUUAUUUAAAUACAUAUACUGAAAAUAAUAGUAUUGAAGAAUUAGAUCGAAUAGUUGAUAUUUUUAAUCAAGCUAAAGAGGAUAUAGUUAAGGUAAUUCAAACGUAUAGGGAUUGUAGUUCAAUAGAUUAUUUAGAUUGA